GGGGGAACGUUGUUAUAGUGAGCCCCCUUCCGGUGCUAGAGGCCGGAAGCUGUGGUCCGGCGGUGUCAACCUGGGGCUGGCGGACUGAGCUCGCAGCCGAGACCGAGACUAUGGGCGGGAAGAACAAGCAACGGACCAAGGGGAAUCUGAGGCCUUCAAAUAGCGGUCGAGCUGCAGAACUACUUGCCAAAGAAAAAGGAACAGUGCCUGGAUUUAUUGGCUUUGGAACAUCUCAGAGUGACCUAGGCUAUGUUCCUGCUAUUCAAGGAGCUGAAGAAAUUGACAGUCUUGUAGAUUCUGAUUUCCGAAUGGUGCUGCGGAAACUGUCUAAGAAAGAUGUCAUAACGAAAUUAAAAGCUAUGCAGGAAUUUGGAACCAUGUGUACAGAGAGAGAAACAGAAAUUGUAAAAGGAGUUCUUCCAUAUUGGCCAAGAAUUUUCUGUAAAAUUUCACUUGAUCAUGAUCGCCGGGUUCGAGAAGCCACUCAGCAAGCUUUUGAAAAACUUAUCCUUAAAGUAAAGAAACAUUUGGCUCCGUAUUUAAAAAGUUUAAUGGGUUACUGGCUUAUGGCUCAGUGUGAUACAUACACACCAGCUGCCUGUGCUGCAAAAGAUGCAUUUGAAGCAGCCUUCCCUCCAAGCAAGCAACCUGAAGCCAUAGCGUUUUGUAAGGAAGAAAUUAUAAGUGUGCUUCAGGAUCAUCUUCUAAAAGAAACACCUGACACGCUUAGUGACCCACAAACUGUUCCAGAGGAAGAAAGAGAAGCUAAAUUCUAUCGAGUUGUAACUUGUUCCUUAUUGGCAUUAAAGAAAUUGCUUUGCCUUUUACCUGAUAAUGAGCUUGAUUCUCUGGAGGAGAAAUUCAAAUCUCUAUUAUCACAGAAUAAAUUUUGGAAAUAUGGAAAACACAGUAUACCUCAGAUCCGCUCAGCAUAUUUUGAGUUAGUUUCUGCUCUGUGCCAGCGCAUUCCACAGCUGAUGAAAGAGGAAGCUUCCAAAGUGAGCCCAUCUGUUCUUCUCAGCAUUGAUGACAGUGACCCCAUUGUCUGCCCCUCUCUCUGGGAAGCUGUACUCUAUACACUCACAACUGUUGAGGACUGUUGGCUUCAUGUAAAUGCAAAAAAAAGCGUGUUUCCUAAGCUGUCAACUGUGAUUCGUGAAGGUGGCCGGGGCUUAGCUACUGUCAUAUGUCCUUAUCUUCUGCCAUUUAUUAGUAAGCUCCCUCAGUCCAUUACAGAUCCAAAGUUGGAUUUCUUCAAAAAUUUCCUCACCUCUCUGGUUGCAGGGCUGUCAACAGAGAGGAUCAAAACCAGCUUUACAGAGUCCUCAGCAGUAAUAUCUGCUUUUUUUGAAUGUUUACGUUUCAUAAUGCAGCAAAACUUAGGUGAACAAGAGAUUGAACAGAUGCUCGUCAAUGAUCAGCUAAUCCCUUUUAUUGAUACAGUUCUUAAAGAAGCAGGAUUGCCACAUGGGCAACUGUUUAACCAUCUAGCGGAAACUUUAAUUUCCUGGGAAGACAAAGCAGAUGUGGAAAAAGAUGACAAAACUACUCAUAACUUGGAGAAUGUACUGCUAAAUUUUUGGAAAAGAUUGUCAGAGAUCUGUGUCAAGAAAAUCAAUGAACAAGAAGUUGAUGAUAAAUCUGUUUUGGGUGUGUCCAAUUUAUUACAGGUACUUCAGAAGCCAAAGAGCUCAUUGAAAUCAAAUAAAAAAAAAACUAAUAAGGUUAGGUUUGCUGAUGAGACACCUGAAAGUAAUAAAGAGAAUGAAAAAUGUGUAUCUUCAGAAGGAGAAAACAAUGAAGGCUCUGAAUCUAUGACUGAAUCUUCUCUCAAUCAUAAUUCUUCAAGUCAUGUCUCACCUCUACGGAAAAAGCCUUUGGAAGACUUAGUCUGUAAACUCGCAGAGAUGAGUAUUAAUUAUGUCAAUGAACAAAAGUCAGAGCAACAUCUAAGGUUUCUUUCUCUUCUCCUUGAUGCUUUCUCUUCAAGCCAAAUAUUUAAAAUGCUCCUUGGUGAUGAAAAAGAAAGUAUUGUCAAAGCCAAACCUCUCGAAAUAACCAAACUCAUACAAAACAAUCCUGCAGUGCAGUUUUUGUACCACAAACUGGUAGGUUGGCUAAAUGAAGAUCAGAGGAAGGAUGCGGAUUUCCUGGUGGACAUUUUGUAUAGUGCCCUCCGUUGCUGUGAUGGUGACACAGAGAGAAAAGAUGUCCUGGAUGAUCUAACCAAGGAGGACCUGGAGUGGCAUUCUCUUCUUCAGGUUAUUGAAAAGGCAUGUUCUACUUCAGAUAAACAUGCUUUAGUAGCUCCUUGGUUAAAAGGCAGUACCCUGGGAGAGAAAUUGGUUGCCCUGGCAGAUUGUCUUUGUAAAAAGGACUUGGAAUCCACAGUAUCUUCAAAAUCUUACUUCUCAGAACAAUGGACUCUUCUGAGCUUGGUAUUAUCCCAACAUGUUAAAAAUGAUUACUUGAUUGAAGAAGUAUAUGUUGAAAGAAUUAUUGUUAAACUUCAUGAAACUUUAUCCAAAACAAAGGACUUGUCAGAAGCUGAAAAUAGUGACUCACCAGUGUCAUUUAUCUGCAAUGUGGCCUAUAACUAUUUUAGCUCAGCGAAGGGAUGCCUGCUAAUGCCAUCAUCUGAAGAUUUAUUAUUAACGCUCUUUCAGUUAUGUGCUCAAAGCAAAGAAAAAACACAUUUGCCAGAUUUUCUAACAUGUAAACUGAAAAAUACUUGGCUUUCUGGUGUAAACUUACUGAUCCAUAAAACCGGUGGUUCACACGGACAGAGCACCUUCCUGGAUUUGUCUGCUCUGUGGCUGAAGGAGCAAGUUCAGGCUUCACCUUUGGAUAAUACAAGCCUACAGGUCCUCUUGUCUGCUGUUGACGAUUUGCUAAAUACACUUGUAGAGAGUGAAGAUGCUUCUCUUCUGGGAGUUUAUAUUGGAAGUGUAAUGCCGAACAACACUGAGUGGGAAAAUAUGAGACAGUCUCUUCCUAUUCAGUGGUUACACAGACCUCUUUUAGAGGGAAGAUUGAGUUUAAAUUGUGAAUGUUUCAAAACAGAUUUGAAAGAACAAGAUACAAAGAUACUCCCCAGCCAUUUGUGUACUUCAGCACUGUUGAGCAAAAUGACCUUAGUUGCACUGAAGAAGAAAAUAGUUCUAGAAAAUAAUGUCCUUGAAGAAAUAACUGCAGAACUACUCUAUUCGCUACAGUGGUGUGAAGAGCUAGAUAAUCCACCAAGUUUUGUAACUGGAUUUUGUGAAAUGCUUCAAAAAAUGAAUAUUACAUGUGAUAAUUUAUGUGUACUUCGUAUUACUUCUGGUGUUUUGCAGCUGCUAUUUAACAGAUCUAGGGAAAAUGGUGCACUUUGGUCCCUUAUUAUUGCUAAGUUGAUCCUUUCCCGAAGCGUUUCAUCUGAGGAAGUAAAACCACAUUAUAAAAGAAAAGAAAGUUUCUUUCCACUAACAGAAGGUAAUUUACAUACCAUUCAAAGUCUCUGUCCAUUUUUAUCAAAAGAAGAAAAGAAAGAAUUCAGUUCUCAAUGUAUACCUGCUCUUUUGGGCUGGACUAAGGAAGACCUUUGCAGUACUAAUGGAGGUUUUGGGCAUCUUGCCAUUUUUAAUUCUUGCCUGCAAACCAGAAGUAUUGAUGAUGGAGAACUACUACAUGGUAUAUUAAAAAUUAUAAUAUCCUGGAAAAAAGAACAUGAAGAUAUUUUUCUUUUCAGUUGUAAUCUAUCAGAAGCAAGUCCAGAGGUACUGGGUGUAAAUAUAGAAAUAAUCCAGUUCCUUUGCCUGUUUCUGAAAUACUGCUCAUCUCCUCUGGCAGAGAGUGAAUGGGACUUUAUCAUGUGCUCCAUGUUGGCUUGGUUGGAGACAACAAAUGAGAAUCAGGCACUGUAUUCUGUUCCACUUGUACAGCGGUUUGCCUGUGUCAAUUGUGAUUUGGCCUGUGAUCUCAGUGCUUUUUUUGAUUCAGCCACUCCGGAAUCCAUUGCCAAUCUUCCUGUAAAUCUCAUCAGUGAAUGGAAAGAAUUUUUUUCCCAAGGCAUCCAUAGUUUGCUUUUACCUCUUUUGGUGACUGUUACAGGAGAAAAUAAAGAUCUGUCUGAAACCACCUUUGAAAAUGCAAUGCUGAAGCCCAUGUGUGAAACAUUAACAUAUAUCUCAAAGGAUCAGCUAUUGAGUCACAAACUUCUUGCAAAAUUGGGGACUGGCCCAAAAUCAAACUUGCCAGAAAAUCUCCAGACUUUGUUAAACACAUUGGUCCCGUUACUCCUCUUCAGAGCUAGGCCUGUGCAAAUUGCUGUUUAUCAUAUGCUGUACAAAUUGAUGCCUGAAUUACCACAAUAUGAUCAGGAUAAUCUAAAGUCAUAUGGAGAUGAAGAAGAAGAACCAGGCUUGUCACCGCCAGCCGUUCUGAUGUCCCUUCUGAGCACUCAAGAGGACUUACUGGAAAACAUUCUGGGGUGUAUUCCUGUGGGACAGAUAGUUACCAUUAAGCCACUGAGUGAAGACUUCUGUUAUGUUCUGGGCUAUCUCCUUACUUGGAAAUUGAUACUUACUUUCUUCAAAGCUGCUUCAUCUCAGCUGCGGGCUCUGUAUUCAGUGUACCUUAGGAAAACAAAGAGUUUGAACAAAUUACUUUAUCACCUGUUCAGGCUCAUGCCAGAAAAUCCAAGCUAUGGAGAGGCAGCUCCUGAGAUCUCAAAUAAGGACCCCAAAACGUUCUUUACUGAGGAGCUCCAGCUGAGUAUUAGAGAAACAUCAACUCUUCCAUAUCACAUUCCACACUUGGCUUGUUCAGUCUAUCAUAUGACAUUAAAAGAUUUGCCUGCCAUGGUUAGGCUGUGGUGGAAUAGCAGUGAGAAGCGUGUUUUCAAUAUUGUGGAUAGAUUUACAAGCAAGUAUGUCAGCAGUGUCCUUUCUUUUCAAGAAAUAUCUUCUGUGCAAACAAGUACACAGCUAUUUAAUGGCAUGACGGUUAAAGCUCGAGCUACUACUCGAGAAGUAAUGGCUACUUAUACUAUUGAGGACAUUGUCAUUGAACUUAUAAUACAGCUGCCUUCAAAUUACCCAUUGGGUUCCAUAUCAGUGGAGAGUGGGAAGAGAGUGGGCGUGGCCGUCCAGCAGUGGCGGAACUGGAUGCUGCAGCUAAGCACUUACCUCACCCACCAGAAUGGAAGUAUUAUGGAAGGCUUAGCAUUGUGGAAAAAUAAUGUAGACAAACGUUUUGAGGGUGUUGAAGACUGUAUGAUCUGUUUUUCUGUUAUUCAUGGUUUCAACUAUUCUCUCCCCAAAAAAGCCUGUAGAACAUGCAAGAAAAAGUUUCAUUCAGCUUGCUUGUACAAAUGGUUUACCUCUAGCAACAAAUCCACUUGUCCACUCUGUCGUGAGACUUUUUUCUGAGAUUUUUUUUUUUUUGCCAUAAUCCCUGAAAUAAAUCAAGCAAAGGCCUUUGAUUGGAUUUGGAUCCAUCUUAAAGUGUUGAUGUGAAGAAGCCAGCAACCAUUACUUUCAAUGGGACCUUCUGUGGAAAAUUAUUUUGGUUAAUGUAAUGAUCUUAAAAAUCAGGUUUACCUAUCUUCACAUUGCUUUGUAAAUGUUUGGAAACAUUUUCUUUUACAAAAGAAUAUUACAUAUAUGAGAGAAGUAUUUAUAUUAAUGGUUUAAUCUCUUUGUAUAUUUAAAAGAAAAUAUGAAAAAUGCUAAAUUAUAGAAUUGAAAUUUGUGAAAAUACUGUACUUAUAAAUCCAUCGUUUGUUGAUCUGUAUUCUAGAACAGUCCAAGCAUGAGGCAAAAUGAAUUGAGAGAAUUGGUGUACAUCUGCAGAUAUUUUAAGACUUAUUUAUUAGUUAUAAUGGGAAAAUUAAUAGUGUUCUGAUUUUGUAGAUUAUUUUAAUGAUAAAAAUCGCACUAAGCUAUUAGUGUAGCUUAUCUUAAGCUAUUUGAAGCAUGCUCUGAAAUCCUAUAUAAAAGAAUGUAAACUGAAUUUUAAGGUGCCUCCAUUUAUUAAGGGUUGUAAAAUUCAGAAAAUUAAAUUUAUGACACUGAUCUUUAGCUUGUGGAGAAAUUAUUUCCGUAUAUUAGUGAAAUUGGGGUUAUGAAUUUGUCAGUGAAUUUAUUUGAGGCUUCAUAUAGUGGGCAUUUGAAAGAAAUGUUUAAAAGAAAGAUUGUUUAAUAAAUACUACUGAAGGGCCGGGUAUUUAGCUCAGUGGUUCCACCUCCUGCCUUGCAAGCGCAAGGUCCUGAGUUCGAUCCCCGGUACAAAAAAAAAAUUAUAAAUAAAUAAGUACUACUGAAACUUAAGGAUUGAUGGAAAAAUCAGUAUUUAAAAAUGCUGUCGGAGGCUUUCAAUUUUGCAAACAAAUUUUGCUGUUAACUAGCCAAAGUCAUACUAGACAAGGGACGUGUGGGACCUAAUAUUCUUUAGCUUUCAAAAUGAAAGUUAAGGAUUUUAGUACAAAGUGAAAUUAAGUAUAAGAAGCUCAAGUUUAUGAGUAGGUAAAAACCUGCCCGUGGCCAGACCACUAUUACCUUUAAAAACUGUAUCCAAAAUACACAAGUAUGGAAGUUUAGAACCUAGAAUAAUUUUAUUACAGUCCUCCAUUUCAUGGGAAAUAACAUUAUCUAAUAUAGUUAGGCUACUUAAGAGAUCAGCUAUUCAUCUGUGUUGCAAAUGUUUAAUGGGCACAGAGCGCUCAUAAUAAAAUAAAUAAAUAAAAUCAUUGCUUACCAUCAACUGGGUAAAAUGACUGUUAUUGAGAUAGUAUGAAUGUGGUCAGAGGAUUUAUAGUUGAGAGUGAAAUACUACGUGUGAGUUACAGAUCUCUUGAGUUGUAUUUGUAGAUACAGUGCCCUAUCCACAUUUGUUUGUCUCCUAAAUUUUUCUGGGUAAUAUUUAUUGUCUUCUAGCCUUGAAGCCCAAAGAGUCAGUAAAUGAAGUACAUAUAGCAAAAUUCUACUACCUCUUCUUAACUCCUUUUUUAAAACAUUUUCUGUGUCUGACAUAGUGAUCCCAAAGGAUUGUGUUGCUCCCCUUUGAAAAUUAUAUACUUUUCCUUUAAAAGAGGUUUAUAAUAAAACUUUGUUUAUAACCUUUCCAGUUACUUCUUUUUCCAGUAUGUCUUGGGUUCUGAUCCAAAUCCCAAAUAGCAUUGUUUUCCCAGGGUAAAAAUAGGUUAUAGGUUCUUGAAACACUGUAAUUAAAUAGUUACAAUUAAAUAACUACUCUUCAUACUUAGGAUUCUUAAUACAUUUCUUUAAGACUUGUGAGUAUAAUUGUAAAGCUUGUUACUGUUUAUAUGCUAAAGAAAAAGCUUUCUAAUAUGAGACUGAUAUUCACAAUACCACAUUAAAGCUUUAUUUAUAUAGCUUUCACAACUCUAACAAAAAGGAUAAUAGCCUUUACAAUUUUAGCAUGACAUUUAAAAAUGCAUGAGAUUUAAAGCUCAUUACAAAAUUAUGAAUUUAAAAUCCAAAGUAAAUUGCAAUUUAAAAAAUUUAUUUUUGCUUCUUACCUAUCUCAUGCACUAAUGUAUGUACGUAUGUUUCUGUGGCUUAAAUACUGUGUUGUUACUUGAUACAUUUUUAUUGUGUCAAUAAUGUUAUUUUUUUAAUAAUGUUAUUUUUGAUUGUUAUGCCAUAUGUGCCCAUUAAAAUUCAUUUAAUUACAAAAUACUUCAAAUAUACAAAAAAAAUUCCCUUUUACUCUUCACAUACUAUUUUGCCCUAUUUGCUUCUGAUUUUUAAAGAAAUAAAAUGUUACUCUUUUGUACUCCUCCCUGGCACCAUUCUUCUCCUUCCCCCCUUAGAGCUAACCUGUUAUUCAGAAGUUGGUGUGUGUGAUGCCUUCCUAUUAAAAUUUUUAGCUAUUAUAUCUUA